GUCUCGUUCCUCUCCCUCCUGCCUCUCUCUCAAUUCUUUCUCUCUUUUUCCCCGGAUAAUUCUUCAUCCAAACCUCAACCACGUAUGAUAGCGUAGAGAGAGAACCGUGAGCCCAUUCACUCAUGCCUGUAGGCGAGAGGAGAGCACCCGCAUACCAUCCAUACGGAAGGAAAUAAUCCAUUACUCCAAUCGUGUUGUCUGCAAGGAAACCGGAUUUUUGGAAGAUUUUUAUAGUCUACAUACGAACAAUAAUAACGAAACGCAUAUGUUUUUCUCUCAUUGUAAAGCCAAAUCACUAUGUUGCUGCUGCAUUCUCAGAGAUCAUUAUCUUUCCCCGACGGUGCUCGGAGGGUCUGCUGGUAGAAGGGCUGGCACAGAUGGCACAGAUGCCGGUAGUCCCGGAGAGUGAGUGGGGCAGCCAAAUGGACCGCCGCCUACCCUUUGUCCCCUCUCGAUUCGGUUUUGACUUCGGCUUAAUACAUUGACAAGUUAUGAGACGUUGCAUUCACCCAGCUGUUGAUGAAAUAGUUUACAGUGAAGUUUAAGGUGUCUCGAAUGCAUUAUGGUGCUGGAUAUUUUGACACUCACGGACUUCCGUGCAAAUGAGGAUUAUACCGAAGGGGACAGUCGUGCUUGUCAGACCUGGAAUACCUGAGACUCAAUUUUGCGUAGGCACGCUCCGAUAACACACAAACUUAUUUACCACAGGUGCAUUUUUUUAUUGCCUAGAUUAUGCGUAAAUUGGUGGCAUUUAUACUUUCCCUGCAAUGAAUUUGUGUAUUUUCUAAAGCGUCAGAAUGACAUUUUGCUAAAUCCGCGUGGAUCGUUUUUUAAUUUUUUUAUUUCACGGUUGUUUUUGCCCCCAAACUAUCACACAACCACUCGAUCUCUGUCCAACGACUCUUGGUUCGGUUCGGCUCAGCCGCGAGGGAGAUGGCCGCUAUCGCCAGCUCCUUGAUCCGUCAGAAACGCCAGGCGAGGGAGUCAAACAGCGACCGAGUCUCCACUACAAAACGACGUCCUAGCCCCAGCAAAGAUCCUCGUUCCAUAUGCGAGCGCCAUUUCUUGGGGGUCUUCAGCAAAGUCCGUUUCUGCAGCGGAAAGAAAAGACCAGCCGCUCGGCGGCGACCAGAUGCAUCCUCCAAACCUCCACAGGUGUCCCGUAAGGGCGGCAGGCUAGAGCCGCAGCUGAAGGGGAUCGUGACACGACUGUUCAGCCAGCAGGGCUUCUACCUGCAGAUGCAGCCGGAUGGCUCUAUCGAUGGCAGCAAGGACGAGAACAGCGACUACACCCUGUUUAAUCUUAUUCCUGUGGGUCUGAGGGUGGUGGCCAUCCAAGGGGUGAAGGCCGGCCUCUACAUCGGCAUGAACGGAGAGGGUUUCCUCUACAGCUCAGAAAUGUUCACGCCGGAGUGCAAGUUUAAGGAGUCGGUGUUUGAGAAUUACUACGUGAUCUACUCGUCCACUGUGUACCGGCAGCAGGAGUCCGGUCGGGCCUGGUUCCUGGGCCUCACCAAGGAAGGCCAGGUCAUGAAGGGGAACAGGGUCAAGAAGACCAAGCCCUCAUCACACUUUGUCCCCAGGCCCAUUGAAGUGUGUAUGUACAGGGAGCCGUCGCUGCAUGAGAUCGAGGAGAAACAGCGCUCCAGGAAGAACUCAGGGACUCCCACCAUGAACGGAGGGAAAGCUGUCAACCAGAAUUCCUAGCAGCGGGGCCCCAAGGGUGGGGGGCCACUAGGGUGCCCGGUCCCCCCUCUCUUAAACAGAAGGGGGAGGGGCCACAAACUCCCCUCACCACCAUGCCCUCUGAAGGGAUGGACCGCCACGAGGGGGAGGAGCUACACCCAAGACCACAAAAAAACUCUUGCCUGUGAAAAUCUUUUAGACAAAUAUCAAGAUAAACCCAGAGGAAAACAAAAAAGCGACUACAAACAUUUUCAAUCAGGACUUGACCUACGUUUUAUGCAAAAAAGAAGAAAAAAAAGCUGUGACAAGACAAAGAAAUGGUGGUCUCUUCACAAUACAAAUAUCUAUCGUUUCCAAUUUAUGCUGUGAAAAAUUUGCUUUAAACACAUUUGAUUUCCCAUGCGUUGAUUUUAUGAAUGCUAUGACACGCUCACAAGUUUUAUUAUCCAUUAAUAAUAAUAUUAUGUAUGUGGUGACUAACUCAUCAUCCCAAUUUUAGUAUCAUUGUUAUUCUGUUUUUCGUUUGAGACUGUAGAAGUUUGAAAAAUAGUUUGUUUUCAUAUUGCGUGACAGUGAAUGCCCUUUUCACUGGUGUGAGGGUAAACAUGUAAUGUAUAUGAGAGCUCACCGUUGGGCUCAGAAG